CAGAAGAUGGAGAUCCAUUUGCCCAGUGUGCCGAUGAUGAAAAUCCUCUCCUAUCUGGAUGCCUUCAGUUUGCUCCAGGUUGCCCAAGUGAACAAGAGCUGGAAUACAGUGGCAAGCAGUGAUGUCCUAUGGAGAAAGUUCUGUCAGAAGAGAUGGCUCUUCUGUGACAAGGUCAACCUUCAAUUCCUGGGCACAGAGACAUGGAAGCAGUUCUAUGUUUACAGAACAUGGCAAGAACACACCAAGUCCCGGGCAAAGCCAGAAGAUUUCACUUACAAGGAAAUUCCUGCAGAGUAUGGAGUUCGGGCAUAUGCAUGUUAUAUCUCAGGGUGUGGUUUAACAAGAAACAGAAAUGACAAGUCCAUUGUCUGUAUGGUGACUUCCGUGAACAGGAUUUCCACUUGGGAUAUUCAUGAGGGCGUUAUGACCUGGGAAAGCCCAGGACAUCCCGCUGUUAUCAUGCGUUUGACUACCCUUCCUGAGAUGCACAUGGCGGUCACUGUAGAUAUAGAAUCAACUAUCAAACUGUGGGACUAUCAGAACAGGGAAGCUCUGGCAACAAACAACCUGUCCUCUCCCUGUCAAUUACUGAAAGCGGUGGAUACCAAGGAUGGCCCGAUUGUCUUGGCAGGAGAUACGCUGGGUAACCUCUAUGUCUUUAGGAUUCCCGACUUACACCUUAUUUCCAGAGUCAAUGUGUUCCCAUACAGUAUUGAUGAAAUCUACUGCUCUCCUCAGAAGAAAUGGGUCUUUCUGAAUCAGAAACACCCACAAAUCUUGCCAAAGGUGUUUUACAUGAGCAGCUUACUGAGGACAUCAGAAUUCUCUGCUCCUGUGUCUACCAAUCUUGACUUUUCAUGUUGUGAAAGAGCCUUCUGGACCCCAAGAAGAGAAGACAGGAUAACAAUGAUGUCCAGAAGUGCCCCCCCAAUAAACACAAAAUUUGUCACAUUUGAUAUGAAGCUGGAAAAGAUUGGGACUGAAACAAUUGCUAAAGGACAUUUGAUUGCAAGAUUCUCGUUGAAAGAUUACAAGGAGAGACCAGAAUGGAUGGGAGUCAGUGAUAAGUACAUGAUUGUUUGUUCAACUCUGUCCUGUCUGCUGCUCUUCAGCAUGAAUGGUUUUCGUCUGCAGACAUUUCAGUACGGCCCUGAAGAGAUCGUGAGCCUGUGGGUGGACCCUGUUCAUGUCAUUGUCACCCUUUAUGAUGGCUCUUUGGAUGUGUACGCGUGGAAGGAGAGAACCCCGUUGCUUAGGAGGUGUUAUCGGCUGCAAAACAGAAAAUGUCUGCCACCACAAAGCCUCAUUUUCAGAACGCUAUGUGACGACGUGAGCAUCAUUCGAGUGAUGAGAAAUAGUCCCGCCCCCUGCUUUUUAAUGGCAUAUACCUUGAAAGCUGAUUUUGAAAACUGAGUGGGUUGUGUGUCCUCUUCCUCAGUGAUAAUAAAAUCUAUUUG